ACCGAGGAGGGGGGCGUUGGACCGUGUAUUUAUCCGGCGUGGAGGCUCGAGGCGCCUCGCGCUCAUUGGCUGUCAGCAUGCCACUGAGACACAGCGUAACGAGCGGGCAACCCGCUCCACCGCCUCCCUGGACUCCUGCGGCUCGACUCGGGGAGAAGUUCCUGCGUGGGACCGAGGCGUGGAGAUGAUCGCUGCGGUGCUCACGGGCGUCUUCGCGGGGCUGCUGGCUCUGGGUCUCUACCAGCGGCUCGUGUAUCCCUUCUUCUGGGUGGAUGUGAUGUACUGGUGCAAACUUCGGAGUUACGACAAGACGCUGCGGGCUCGAAUGCAGCGCGGGAUCGUGUCGUACCUCGACUGCUUCCUCCACCAGGCGAAGAAGAACCCCCACAAACCCUUCAUCGUCUUCGAAGACCAGACCCUGACGUACCAGGACGUGGACCGGAGAAGUAACCGGUUCGCGAACGCGUUCCGGUCGGAGGGCUUUUUGAAACCGGGGGACAUCGUUGCGCUGUUGCUGUUCAACGAGCCGGACUUCAUUUGCGCCUGGUUGGGACUGUGCAAAGUGGGCUGCGAGGCGGCCUUCCUCAACGUCAACAUCAAAGCUGCGUCUCUGCUCUCCUGCUUCCGCAGCUGCGGGGCCAGGACGCUCGUUGUGGCCGCAGAUUUGGCCCACUUGGCGGACGAGGUGUGGCCUGAUCUGAAGAAGGACAACGUGGCCGUGUGGGUGAUGGAUCACACGUCACCUUCUGAGGAAUUCAACACUUUACUAGAUAAGGUGGAAAACAUCUCUGGAGAAAACUUAAGUGAUAUUCCCAAAGUUGACAUCAUGUCAAACUUUGUCUUCAUUUUUACUUCAGGCACCACAGGUCUGUCCAAAGCCGCCCGAGUAGGUCACAUGAAAGCCAUUGUGAGCAUGUCCUUCCUUCAUAUGUGCGGAGCCCGGUCGGAUGACGUCGUCUAUAUAACCCUUCCUCUUUACCACAUGUCGGCUUCCCUUUUGGGGCUCGGAGGAUGCAUACACCUUGGUGCAACAUGUGUGUUGAGAAGGAAGUUUUCUGCCAGUCAGUUCUGGAAGGACUGUGUGAAACACGAUGUGACGGUGGUGCAGUACAUUGGAGAGCUGUGUCGAUACCUGUUCAACCAUCCCCCGGUUCCAGAGGAGAAGACCCACCGUGUCCGGCUGGCAGCAGGAAGUGGUCUCAGGUCAGACGUUUGGAGGGAGUUUGUCCAACGCUUCGGAAGCAUCAAGAUCAGAGAAGGUUACGGCUUAACAGAGGCCAGCAUCGGCUUCCUGAACUACACCGAUGAGGUCGGACCAAUCGGAAGGGCGAGUUAUUUCAACAAGCUCUCCAUGCCCUUUGAGCUCCUGGGAUAUGAUCCACAGAUGUGCGAGCCAGUCCGCUCAGACUCUGGAAGAUGCAUACGAGCUCCAAAAGGAGAGGCAGGGAUCCUGGUGGCUCCUCUGACUGCUAUGAACCAGUUCUUGGGUUACGCUGGGAACCAGGUCCAGUCUGAGAAGAAGCUGCUCAGGGACGUGUUCCAAGCUGGAGAUGUGUAUUUCAACACUGGGGACCUCCUGAUGCAGGACCACAGGGACUUUCUUCACUUCUGCGACCGCAUUGGAGACACCUUCAGGUGGAAAGGAGAGAACGUUUCCACCACCGAGGUGUCCGAGGUUUUUGGUCCUCUUGAUUUCAUCCAGGAGGCCAACAUCUACGGAGUCACCAUCCCAGGAUAUGAAGGUCGGGCAGGUAUGGCUGCGAUCGUCUUGAGGCCGGAUCACAAGUUUGAUGGACCGACGCUAUAUGAGCAUUUGUUAAAAACCCUUCCUGCGUACGCCUGGCCGUGGUUCCUCCGGGUUCAGACCUCUCUGGACGUGACCGAGACCUUCAAGCAGCAGAAGGGGAAGCUGGUCCAGGAGGGUUUUAAUCCAGAGGUUUCCAAGGAUCUUCUGUAUUUCUUAGAUGUCUCCCAGAAGGACUAUGUUCCUCUAACUGCAUGUGUGUAUCGCAACAUUGUGACUGGAAAAAUCAAUUUAUAAACGCCUUCCAUUCAUCCUCACUUUUAAAAAUCGAGGUAAGUGAAGCGAUCAAAAUUCUUGUGUCUGCUGAUGUUUGAUGAAGAAUCCAAAUCGUAACAUCCCCAGUUAACACAGACCACUUUGUGGCCAUUCUUCACGUACAACCCGGUUUUCCUAAACUGUUCUAAAUUUCGAUCCAUAAAACAAAGCUGUAUGCACCAACACCUCAGUGUGCCUUCUUCAAGGAAAUGUUUUUUUAAUGAUUCAACGUGAUAGAUGACUGAUU